AUGGGCUUCUGGCCCUUCUCAAGCGACACCCGCGGCGACGCCAUCCGCUCCGGCGCCGCCAUCCCCAACCGUCAGGAGCGCAAGGCCUGCUGGGCCGCCCGCGACGCCUACUUUGCCUGCCUCGACGCAAACAACAUCAUCGACGCCACCAAGGAUGCCUCGGCCGCCAAGAAGGCCUGCCCCGCCCAGAACGACGACUUUGAGCGGGACUGCGCUGCGGCUUGGGUAAAGUACUUUAAGCAGUGGCGCGUCGCCGACAUUCAGAAGAAGAGGAGGCUCGACGAGCUGAGGGCUCAGGGCGCGCAGGAGAUGACUGUUACUACGAGCUUUGCUCCCGAGGGUGGCGUUGGUGAGAAGGGCAAGGGUGUCGAGGAUAUCCAGGAUAUGUUGGACAGGAAGAAGGGGAGGUAA